CCAGGGUUUGGAUACCUGAUCCAGAGGAAGUUUGGAAAUCAGCAGAACUGCUCAAAGAUUAUAAGCCAGGAGAUAAAGUCCUCCUGCUUCACCUUGAGGAAGGGAAGGAUUUGGAAUAUCGUCUAGAUCCAAAGACCAAGGAACUGCCUCACUUACGAAACCCUGACAUACUUGUGGGUGAAAAUGACCUCACAGCCCUCAGCUAUCUUCAUGAGCCUGCUGUGCUUCAUAAUCUCAGAGUUCGCUUUAUUGAUUCCAAACUUAUUUAUACAUAUUGUGGUAUAGUUCUAGUAGCUAUAAAUCCCUAUGAACAACUGCCCAUUUAUGGAGAAGAUAUUAUUAAUGCAUACAGUGGUCAGAACAUGGGUGAUAUGGACCCACAUAUCUUUGCAGUAGCAGAAGAAGCUUACAAACAAAUGGCCAGAGAUGAACGAAAUCAGUCUAUCAUUGUAAGUGGAGAAUCUGGUGCAGGAAAAACAGUCUCAGCUAAAUAUGCCAUGCGAUACUUUGCAACUGUCAGUGGUUCUGCCAGUGAAGCUAAUGUUGAGGAAAAGGUCUUGGCAUCCAACCCCAUCAUGGAGUCAAUUGGAAAUGCUAAAACAACCAGGAAUGACAAUAGCAGCCGUUUUGGAAAAUAUAUUGAGAUUGGUUUUGAUAAAAGAUAUCGAAUUAUUGGUGCCAACAUGAGAACUUACCUCUUAGAGAAAUCCAGAGUAGUGUUCCAGGCAGAAGAGGAGAGAAACUAUCAUAUCUUCUAUCAGCUUUGUGCUUCAGCAAAGUUACCUGAAUUUAAAAUGCUGCGAUUAGGAAAUGCAAAUAGCUUUCAUUACACGAAGCAAGGUGGCAGUCCUGUGAUUGAAGGAGUUGAUGAUUCAAAGGAGAUGGCACAUACCAGACAGGCCUGUACUUUGCUAGGAAUUAGUGAAUUGUAUCAGAUGGGAAUUUUCCGAAUACUUGCUGGAAUCCUUCACUUAGGCAAUGUUGGAUUUACAUCUCGAGAUUCAGACAGCUGCACAAUACCUCCCAAGCAUGAACCGCUCAGCAUCUUCUGUGACCUCAUGGGUGUGGACUACGAAGAGAUGUGUCAUUGGCUCUGCCAUCGGAAGCUAGCUACUGCCACAGAGACAUACAUCAAGCCCAUCUCCAAACUGCAGGCCACAAAUGCCCGAGAUGCUUUGGCCAAGCACAUCUAUGCCAAGCUCUUUAACUGGAUUGUAGAUCAUGUCAAUCAAGCUCUCCAUUCUGCUGUCAAACAGCACUCUUUUAUUGGCGUACUAGAUAUUUAUGGAUUUGAAACUUUUGAGAUAAAUAGUUUUGAACAGUUUUGCAUAAAUUAUGCAAAUGAAAAACUACAGCAACAGUUCAAUAUGCAUGUCUUCAAAUUAGAACAAGAGGAAUAUAUGAAGGAACAGAUACCAUGGACACUCAUAGAUUUUUAUGAUAAUCAACCUUGUAUUAAUCUUAUAGAAUCUAAACUGGGCAUUUUAGAUUUGCUGGAUGAGGAAUGCAGGAUGCCUAAAGGUACAGAUGACACUUGGGCCCAAAAACUAUACAACACACAUUUGAACAAAUGUGCACUCUUUGAGAAGCCCCGUCUUUCAAACAAAGCUUUCAUCAUUCAACAUUUUGCUGACAAAGUGGAAUACCAGUGUGAAGGCUUCCUGGAAAAGAAUAAAGAUACUGUUUUUGAAGAACAAAUUAAAGUUCUUAAAUCAAGCAAGUUUAAGAUGCUACCAGAAUUAUUUCAAGAUGACGAGAAGGCCAUCAGCCCAACCUCCGCCUCCACUUCAGGGCGCACACCCCUUACCCGCCUUUCUGCAAAGCCCACCAAAGGCCGACCAGGCCAGACAGCCAAAGAGCACAAGAAAACAGUGGGGCUUCAGUUUCGAAACUCCCUUCACCUGCUUAUGGAGACCCUCAAUGCUACUACCCCUCACUAUGUGCGCUGCAUCAAGCCAAAUGACUUCAAGUUCCCAUUCACCUUUGAUGAGAAGAGGGCAGUACAGCAGCUGAGAGCAUGUGGUGUCCUGGAAACCAUUCGCAUCAGCGCAGCAGGUUUCCCCUCUCGGUGGACUUACCAAGAAUUUUUCAGCCGCUACCGUGUCCUAAUGAAGCAAAAGGAUGUGCUAAGUGACAGGAAGCAAACAUGCAAGAAUGUAUUAGAGAAACUGAUAGUGGACAAAGACAAAUACCAGUUUGGCAAAACAAAGAUCUUCUUCCGUGCGGGUCAAGUGGCCUAUCUAGAAAAACUGAGGGCGGACAAGUUGAGGGCUGCCUGCAUCCGGAUCCAGAAGACCAUACGAGGGUGGCUGCUGAGGAAGAAGUACCUGCGCAUGAGGAAGGCGGCCAUCACCGUGCAGAGAUUUGUGCGUGGCUAUCAGGCCCGAUGCUAUGCUAAGUUCCUGCGCAGAACCAAGGCAGCAACCAUCAUCCAGAAAUACUGGCGCAUGUAUGUAGUUCGCAGGAGGUACAAGAUUAAAAGAGCUGCCACUGUUGUUCUUCAGUCUUAUUUGCGAGGCUACUUGUCAAGAAAUAGGUAUCGCAAGAUACUUCGUGAACACAAAGCUGUCAUCAUUCAGAAAUGGAUCCGGGGAUGGCUGGCCCGCACCCACUAUAAGCGAUGCAUGCAUGCCAUCAUUUACCUUCAGUGCUGUUUCCGGCGGAUGAUGGCCAAGCGUGAGCUGAAGAAACUCAAGAUUGAGGCCCGCUCUGUGGAACGCUACAAGAAACUCCACAUUGGCAUGGAGAACAAGAUCAUGCAGCUGCAGCGCAAAGUCGAUGAGCAGAACAAAGACUAUAAAUGCCUCAUGGAGAAACUGACCAAUCUGGAAGGGAUAUACAACUCUGAGACUGAGAAACUACGAAGUGACUUAGAACGACUUCAGCUAAGUGAGGAGGAAGCUAAAAUUGCCACUGGACGAGUUCUUAGUCUUCAGGAAGAAAUUGCCAAGCUCCGAAAAGACCUGGAGCAAACUCGGUCAGAGAAAAAGACCAUUGAGGAACGUGCAGAUAAAUACAAACAAGAAACUGAGGAGCUGGUGUCAAAUCUGAAGGAAGAAAAUACUCUGCUGAAGCAGGAAAAAGAGGCCCUCAAUCACCGUAUUGUGGAGCAGGCUAAGGAGAUGACAGAGACUAUGGAGAAGAAGUUAAUAGAAGAAACAAAACAACUAGAACUUGAUCUUAAUGAUGAAAGAUUGAGAUACCAGAACUUGCUGAAUGAGUUCAGUCGCUUAGAAGAACGCUAUGAUGACCUCAAGGAAGAGAUGACUCUAAUGAUGAACGUGCCUAAGCCUGGACAUAAAAGAACAGACUCCACUCACAGCAGCAAUGAAUCUGAGUAUACCUUUAGCUCUGAAAUUGCUGAAACUGAAGACAUUCCAUUGCGGACGGAGGAGCCAAGUGAGAGAAAGGUACCUCUCGACAUGUCAUUGUUCCUCAAGCUCCAGAAACGAGUCAAAGAGCUGGAACAGGAGAAGCAGUUGAUGCAAGAUGAGCUGGAUCACAAGGAAGAGCAGGUGCUCCGCAGCAAGGCACAGGAAGAAGAACGACCGCAAAUUAGAGGUGCAGAACUGGAAUAUGAGUCACUCAAGCGUCAAGAACUAGAAUCAGAAAACAAAAAACUAAAAAAUGAGCUAAAUGAGUUACGCAAGGCCCUUAGUGAGAAAAGUGCUCCAGAGGUGACCGCUCCAGGUGCGCCAGCCUACCGUGUCCUCAUGGAGCAGCUUACCUCUGUGAGUGAGGAGCUUGAUGUCCGCAAGGAGGAAGUCCUCAUCUUGAGGUCUCAGCUGGUGAGCCAGAAAGAAGCCAUUCAACCUAAGGAUGACAAGAAUACAAUGACAGAUUCCACAAUACUUCUGGAAGAUGUACAAAAAAUGAAAGAUAAAGGUGAAAUAGCACAAGCAUACAUUGGUUUGAAAGAAACAAACAGAUCAUCUGCUAUGGAUUGCCAUGAGUUGAAUGAGGAUGGAGAGCUGUGGCUGGUUUAUGAAGGGUUAAAACAAGCCAACAGGCUUCUGGAAUCCCAGCUCCAGUCGCAGAAGAGAAGCCAUGAGAAUGAAGCUGAGGCUCUCCGUGGGGAGAUACAGAGCCUGAAGGAGGAGAACAACCGGCAACAGCAGCUGCUGGCCCAGAACCUGCAGCUGCCCCCAGAGGCCCGCAUUGAGGCCAGCCUGCAGCAUGAGAUCACCCGGCUGACCAACGAAAACCUGGAUUUGAUGGAACAACUUGAAAAACAAGAUAAGACUGUCCGGAAACUGAAAAAGCAACUGAAAGUGUUUGCCAAAAAAAUUGGUGAACUAGAAGUUGGCCAGAUGGAGAAUAUAUCUCCAGGACAGAUCAUUGAUGAGCCCAUCCGUCCAGUCAAUAUUCCCAGGAAAGAAAAAGAUUUCCAAGGAAUGCUGGAAUACAAGAAGGAGGAUGAGCAAAAACUUGUUAAGAACCUGAUUCUGGAACUGAAACCACGUGGAGUAGCUGUCAAUUUGAUUCCAGGGUUACCAGCAUAUAUUCUGUUCAUGUGUGUUCGACAUGCCGACUACCUGAAUGAUGACCAGAAAGUAAGGUCAUUGCUAACAUCAACAAUUAACAGCAUCAAAAAAGUAUUAAAGAAAAGAGGUGAUGAUUUUGAGACGGUCUCCUUCUGGCUCUCUAACACAUGCCGAUUUUUACACUGUUUGAAGCAGUACAGUGGAGAAGAGGGCUUCAUGAAACACAACACAUCUCGCCAAAAUGAACACUGCCUCACCAAUUUCGACCUGGCUGAGUACCGGCAGGUGCUGAGUGACUUAGCCAUUCAGAUCUACCAGCAGCUGGUGCGGGUGUUGGAGAACAUCCUUCAGCCUAUGAUAGUCUCUGGCAUGCUGGAGCACGAAACCAUUCAGGGUGUAUCAGGAGUGAAGCCAACAGGGCUAAGAAAGCGCACCUCCAGCAUUGCUGACGAGGGCACCUACACACUGGACUCCAUCCUCCGGCAGCUCAACUCCUUCCACUCAGUCAUGUGCCAGCAUGGCAUGGAUCCUGAACUUAUCAAACAGGUGGUCAAGCAGAUGUUCUACAUUGUGGGCGCCAUCACCCUGAACAACCUCCUGCUGCGGAAAGACAUGUGCUCCUGGAGUAAAGGCAUGCAGAUUCGGUACAAUGUCAGUCAGCUGGAAGAAUGGCUACGUGACAAGAAUCUAAUGAAUAGUGGGGCUAAAGAAACCCUAGAACCUCUUAUUCAGGCUGCUCAGCUUUUGCAAGUGAAAAAGAAAACAGAUGAUGAUGCAGAAGCUAUUUGUUCUAUGUGCAAUGCUCUAACUACUGCCCAGAUUGUCAAGGUGUUGAAUUUGUAUACUCCAGUUAAUGAAUUUGAAGAAAGAGUCUCUGUAUCAUUUAUUCGUACCAUACAGAUGCGCCUACGAGACAGGAAAGACUCUCCUCAGCUGCUCAUGGAUGCUAAACACAUCUUCCCUGUCACCUUCCCUUUUAACCCAUCCUCCCUUGCACUAGAAACCAUCCAGAUUCCAGCCAGCCUGGGUCUGGGAUUCAUAGCACGGGUCUGAAAGUGAUGUCCAGGCAAACAUUGACAAUACAUUUCUUGCCUGAAAUAAGGACCAUUUCUUUCCAGUGAGCUACUGAAAACACAUUUUUAAAGGAAAAGUACUGAUUACCUCCUAAACAAGAGGUUACUAACUGGAAAUCUCCCCAGAAUACUUUCAUCACCAGGGGAAGAAAGAUAGGCUCCUCUGUGCUCUGUUACCUGUACACUCAUCCUUGAUCAGUUAGAUGUCUUGAGUUUACAUGCAGGUGAAUGAUGGUAGGGUGGUAGGAAAGAAGAGGGAAAAAAAUGUGUCUUCAGCUGCCCGCAUUUAUUUUAAAUCCCUAGCACCAUACUUAAAUAGUAUAGGAAACAUCAAGUCCUGAUAAGAACUUUUGUUAGUCAGGGAUCAACAAAGGACCUCCAUUGCAUUAGCUGAAGAGUUGGAAAGUUACCAUGGAGCACGUAUCACAUCAGUUUAGGAAUCAAUUAUGCUGAUAUUUUCAAACUGGAUCAGAGAAAUAAACUGGCAAUAUAUAAAGCA